AUCAGAACCGAGCCCUUCCCCCAUUGCAGUCAGAGGUGACUCCAGAUUGACCCCAGGGAGCUGAGAAUCCAGCAUGCUCUCCCUGGGGCUCCCCAGCUGGCCCCUGCUGAGCUAGGGCAAUUAUGACCUCACUCUCAGACUGAUGACAUCACAAUGAGGUCAGCAAGCCGUUGCCUCCUGCUCCAGCCUCUGGGCACACCCCAGCUAGCCAUGUGCCCCCGAGCAGUGGCCCUCAGCUUCCUCUUUGCCUUGAUCUCUGCCGUGGCCAAUGGCGACCCAUCCCUAGGCGUCUCCCUGCCAGAGCCCUGCCUCCCGGGCCGCCCAUGCACCCUGGCCUUGAUCUCAGACAACCCUGUGACCCUGAGGUGCCCGGGCGCCCCCCACCAGGGCCCGGUCUCUUGGCAGUAUGUGGAUCCCUCCCGGCCCGGGGAGCGGCCGGCCACCUUCAUCCGCACCGGGCACCCCUUGGCGCUCAUCCCCAUUCGCGCCAAGCUGUGGCAGCUGCGCUUGAAAACCCGGCUGCUCCGGGGCGACCUGCGGAUUCUGGAUCCCGGCGUGGAGGACUCAGGCGUCUACACCUGCCGCCGCGGCGACGCCAUGCUGGCCUACUACGAGGUGGAUUUCCAGGACGCCGGGCGCCUCCACAUCAGCCACGCCAGCCUGGGAAAGGCCACCCUGGCUAACACCACCGUGGAGCUGGCCGGUGGAGCCCGGGGGCAGCUGUUCACCGCCUGGGCGCGCUGGCAGCCCUGCGACCGCUGCGGCGGCCCCGGCGAGAGGAAGCGGGUGGGGUUCUGCUAUGCUCAGCUGGCAUCGCGCCCCCAGGGGCCCCUGCCAUGCGGGCUGGCCGGGCGAGGGCUGCCCCAGCGGGGGCCGGAGCUGCGGGUGGAGAGCUGUGAGGUGCCAUGCGACAGGGCCUACACCCUCAGCCGGGAUGAAUGGAGCAAGGCCCCCCUCCUUGUCGUCACCCGCUACCGAGCCCUGCCCUACGCCAGUGCCAGGCUGAGGUGCCCAACGGCCUCUAUAUACAGCCCCGUGUACUGGCAGGAAGGCCCCACCGCCCUGACCUGGCUGGACCUUCAUCAACGCAACGGCUCCGUCAGCCUGGACAAGGCGACCGGCGGCGGGACCCUGCUGCUUUCCUCCUGGAACGGCACCGAUGCCAGCUAUUACCAGUGCUACGUGGGCGGGCGGCUGGUGGGCCGGUUCCUGGUUACCCCACCUAGGGUGCUGGCCCCCGCCCCAGAGCUGACUCGCGCCUACUCAGCCAUCGAGUCCCUGGUGGUGGGGCUGGCCAUCUUCCUCAUCUUCCUCCUCUUCCUCAGCAUCCUGCAAUCCUGCCGCAGGAAGCCAGGAACCAUCAUGGCUUGAGGGGGCUGCAGCUGACAUCAUCGCGAGGGGCUGGGGAAUAAACAUAUUGA